GUAGACGACACCACUGCGUUUCAUCUCUUGGCGCACCGCAGCAGCACCAAGCACUUCUCUCGGCACUCUUGCACAACCAGAAAACUAAACACGGUGCAUACCAUCGAUCUUGUAUCUUAACUACUCUUCUUCUCUGUUCUUGUUAAAAUCCCCACCACAGCCACGCCGACACGGUUAUCGAGGAACGGCCACCGGCUCUGGAAAUUAAUUCAAACGAAACCCGACCAAUUCCUCGCUGCCGGCUUUUCGGCUCACGUCACAACAACUUGCUUGACCCGCUAGCAUGAAGAACGUUGCUGUUGCUGUUGCUGCGCUGGCCGCCGCGCCAGCCGUCCUCGGCGCAGUCACCCACCUCACGGAUGACUGCCUCGAGGUUGUGUUCAAGCUCAUGAACAACAUGAGCCACUACAGCUGGGAGAAUGGAACCCGCUCCCAGGCGAUCCUCGAAUGGAAGUACCCCCAGCUGUCGGUCUUCACGCCGAAUGCGCUCUUCCCCGUCGCCGACACGUCCAACAUCUCGGACAUUGUCGACAUUGCCCACUGGGUCCUGUUGCAGCGCCCUCAACCGCUCAACCAGUCCCAGGAGGUGGCCUGGCUUCUGAAUGCCACCCACGGCGGCCUUCCCCCCUCGCCGUCGCCUGUGCUGCCAGCCCAAGAGGGAGAAAGCAGUACCCCCGCCCGUCGCGACCGUGCCAAGCGCCAAGACGAGACCCCCACGUCUUCCGCCAGCGCACAGCCUUCCGCGACGUCUUCCACGCCUAUCAUCGUUCCAUUCCUCAACAACACCCAACUCCCGCUGGGCGCGCCCCUCCUGCCCGAUGGCGCCGCGGGCGACCCAGCUAGUCUCGGUAUUGCCGUCAUGUUGGCCAACAUGUCGACCAACAAUGCUGUUGUCAACAACUCGGCUUACGGCGAUUCGGCGACCAGCGAGCUCAACUACCAGCUGUACCAUGUCCCGAGGGCCCCUAACGGCGCCAUCUCGCACCGUACCAACGAGGUCGCGCUCUGGGCCGACAACGUCUACAUGGUCCCUCCGUUCCUUGCGUACUACGGUGCUCUGAACAACAACAAGACGCUCCUCGACGCGGCGUACAACCAGAUCUCGACGUACCGUUCCGUGCUCCGCAAUUCGUCGAUCAACCUCUGGCAGCACAUUGCCCUUGGAAAAGAGGCCAUCGACCCCGGAUACUGGGCCACGGGCAACGCCUGGGCUGUGGCUGGUAUGGCCCGUGUCAUUGCUACGAUCAAGCACAGCAGCUUUGCCAACGACAUGAAGCAGGAGGUCAGCGACCUCUCGGCGUGGGCCGACGAGAUCUUCAAGGCGUCCGAGGCGCUGGUCACCCCCAACGGCCUGGUCCGCAACUACAUUAACAACGCCUCGUCGUUCGAGGACUCGACCGCGUCUGCCCUCUUCGCUGCGGCCGGCCUCCGCUUCUCGACGCUCAAGGUCACCAACUCCUAUGUCAACUUCUCGCUCACCCUCCUCAAGGCCGUCUCGCACAAUGUCAACUCGACCGGCUACGUGACGCAGGUGACCGACCCGCUCAAGUUCACUGUGGAGGGCACCGAGUCGCCCGAGGCUCAGAGCUUUGUCAUCCUUGCGUACGCCGCGUACAAGGACUGGGACAAGAUGGGCAAGCCGGGCAACACGGGGAGCAAGAAGGACCCGCUCACCGACGCCGCUGGCCGCGCUUCUGUCCAUGUCGGCGCUGUUCUUGCCGUCGCCGCUUCGAUGUUCUGGGUCCUUGCCUAAGUGCCAGGCGACAGACUCACUUGUAUAUUUAUUCCUCUUCUUGCCAGAGACGCGGCGGUGCGUCCCGCUCGCGCUCGAACACUAGACGUUUGUAGACUUGGUACACGUACAAUUACCCUCUUUAGUCUCGGUCUAUAGAAUCCGUACUUUGCAUUGCUUACA